AUGGCAGAAGAUCCUAGUUCAUCGAAAACAUGGCAUCAUCGUUGUAACACGUGUGAAAUGACUUUUAUCUGUGCAGAUGAUCUUACGGAACACACAUACAUGCACACGGGAAAAAAAUCUUUCCAAUGCUCCGUGUGUUCGCAGACAUACCGCUCAAGAAGUUACCUAGCAGUUCACAUGCGAAGUCACACGGGAGAAAAACCCUAUAUUUGCAACAUAUGUCAUAAAGCUUUUACGCGUAGUUAUUCUCUUACUUUGCAUAUGCGUAUUCACGUGGAUGAAAAACCCCAUGUUUGCAAAAUAUGUCACCAAGCUUUCAGGGGUGGUAGCAAUCUUUCGCAGCAUAUGCUUGUGCACACUGAUGAAAAACCCUAUGUUUGCAAGGUGUGCCAAAAAGGUUUUAGGCGUAGUUAUUCUCUUACUUUGCAUAUGCUUAUCCAUUCGGACGAAAAACCCCACGUUUGCAAUGUGUGCCAAAAAGCUUUUAGGCAAGGACGAACUCUUCAUUCUCACAUGCUUAUCCACACCGGUGAAAAACCCUACGUUUGCAAGGUAUGUCAUCGAGCUUUCAGGGAUAGUAGCAAUCUUUCGCAGCACAUGCUUAUCCACACGGGUGAAAAACCCUUUGUUUGCAACGUGUGCCAAAAAGUUUUUAGGCAACGACAUACCCUUCAUUCUCACAUGCUUAUCCACACCGGUGAAAAACCCUACGUUUGCAAGGUAUGUCAUCGAGCUUUCAGGGAUAGUAGCAAUUUUUCGCAGCACAUGCUUAUCCACACCGGUGAAAAACCCUAUGUUUGCAAGGUGUGCCAAAAAGCUUUUAGGCAAGGACAAACUCUUCAUUCUCACAUGCUUAUCCACACCGGUGAAAAACCCUACGUUUGCAAGGUGUGCCAAAAAGCUUUUAGGCAAGGACAUACCCUUCAUUCUCACAUGCUUAUCCACACGGGUGAAAAACCCCACGUUUGCAAUGUGUGCCAAAAAGCUUUUAGGCAAGGACGAACUCUUCAGUCUCACAUGCUUAUCCACACGGGUGAAAAAUCCCAUGUUUGCAAGGUGUGCCAUGAAGCUUUUAGACGCCACAAUCUACUCAAGAAACACAUGUUGGCCCAUACGAAUGAAAAUUCCCUUGUUUGCAAGGUGUGCCAUGAAGCUUUCAGGGAUGAUGGUGCCAUUUCGAUACACGACUGCCCACAAAUACACAAGGGACCGAAGCCUUCCGAGACCAGAUCAAUGAGUACCCCAACAUUCAGUGCAAAUGGUACUCUCACGUCGCAGGUGUGUGCCCAUAUCAACUCGAAAUGUCAGACAUCCUCCAGUCAAAACGAGGACCUCGUGCUUAAGGUGGACCCUAAACUCAAUUGGCCAUCGCAAACUUCAGUCAAAAAAAGGGGCCUUGCAGGGUCCACUCAACGAUGCAAAUCCAUCUGGUGUGAAACUAGUAUUGUCGAAAAUGAUGAUCUUGCUUGGCAGUCCUUCGACUGCGACGAGUGCCAAGGGACUUUUCCCGAUGAAAGCAGCCUUAGGCAUCACAAAUAUGUUUACCAUUUCUACCGAUGUUCGCUGUGUUCGGAAACUUUUAGAUUAAACUGGGAUCGCUCGACGCACAUGGCCCUUUGGCAUUGCUACCGAUGCCAUUUGUGCCAUAAAAUUUGCACCACAUCCUCUGAUCUUAAGAGACACGAAUGGGAAGCUCACGGACUUUGA